GCUUUUUCUGGAAACACAAAUGCAGACAGUGUCGUAUACUAUAAGCUUCAGCAUUCCAUUAAAGCCAGAUUUCUCCGUUUCGUGCCUUUGGACUGGAAUCCAAACGGCAGAAUUGGAAUGCGCAUUGAAGUGUAUGGAUGCACAUACAGGUCCGAGGUGGUUGGCUUUGAUGGCAAAAGUUGUCUAAUUUACACAUUUAAUCAAAAACUCAUGAGUGCACUGAAAGAUGUGAUUUCUCUGAAAUUUAAGACAAUGCAAAGUGAUGGAAUUCUCCUCCACAGAGAAGGACAAAAUGGAGACUACACCACCCUGGAAUUAAUUAAAGGGAAACUGUCCCUACUCAUUAAUUUAGGUGAUAUUAAAACUCAUCCUUCUAAUGCCCAAAUUAAUAUUACACUGGGCAGCCUUUUGGAUGAUCAACAGUGGCAUUCUGUUCUCAUUGAGCACUUUAACAAUCAAGUAAACUUUACAGUGGAUAAACACACUCAUCACUUUUAUGCAAAAGGAGAAUUCAAUUAUUUGGACCUUGAUAAUGAGAUCAGCUUUGGAGGGAUCCCAGUGCGUGGAAAAUCAGGGACAUUGUCACGCAGGAACUUUCAUGGGUGUUUUGAAAAUAUUUACUAUGAUGGAGUGAAUAUUAUUGACCUGGCCAGGAGGCAUAAAUCUCAGAUCUACUUUGUGGGCAACAUGUCCUUCUCAUGUUUAGAGCCACAGGUGGUUCCUGUUACAUUUCUAAGCUCCAGUAGUUACCUGGCACUGCCAGGCACACCAGGGCAAGACGAAAUAUUAAUCAGUUUCCAGUUUCGCACCUGGAACAAGGAGGGACUUCUAUUAUCCAGUAAACUACACCAGGCUUCAGGUGGUUUCCUCUUAUAUCUGAGUGACGGGACAGUUAAAAUCAGUCUUCAUAAACCGGGAAAAGUACUGAGUGAAAUCACUGCAGGUGCUGGAUUAAAUAAUGGCCAGUGGCAUUCUGUAUCCUUCUCUGUCAAAAGGAAUCGUAUCAGUGUAAUAGUGGACAAUGAUGUGACCUCAUCUGCUCAUGCUUCCAUACCUCUGCAAAUUUAUUCAGGAGAUGCUUUCUACUUCGGAGGCUGCCCUAGCAGUGGAAACAUUUCUGAAUGUAACACCUCAUUUGGUGGCUUUCAAGGAUGCAUGCGACUCAUUUCCAUUGGUAACAAAGCUGUGGAUAUGAUCUCAGUUCAGCAAAAUGUUUUUGGCAAUUUCAGUGACCUUCAGAUAGAUUUAUGUGGCAUUAUAGACAGGUGUUUGCCUAAUUACUGUGAACAUGGUGGUGAGUGCUCACAGUCCUGGAACAGCUUCUACUGCAACUGUGCCAAUACUGGUUACAAGGGAGCUACUUGCCACUAUUCCAUCUAUGAGCAAUCAUGUGAAGCCUAUAAGCACAGAGGGAACACUUCAGGCUUUUACAAUAUUGAUUCAGAUGGAAGUGGCCCCUUGGGACCGUUUCUUGUUUACUGUAAUAUGACAGAUACAACGUGGACAAUUAUACAGCAUAACAACACAAACCUAACCAGAGUCAAAAGUGCUAAUCGAGAGAACCCUUACACUGUGUUUUUCAAGUACUCUGCCAGCCUAGACCAGCUUCAGGCUACAAUUAACCAUGCAGAGCACUGUGAACAGGAGCUUGCUUACCACUGCAAAAAGUCGAGGCUUUUAGGUAAGCCAG